AUUACAGUAGUUUUAAAAGUUUCAAAUUUAUUCCUCAAGGAUAACAGCUUAGAUUCAGUCUCUCAAGAAAUUGAUUGUCUAACUGAGCAAGCAUGAUUCAUUUGGUUUGUGCUUAUCACAUUUUCGCGAUAAUACUAAUGUCGAUGACUGUCUCUGUUGGAUGCAAAUCGAAGGCUAAAAAACCAAAAGCAGCUGCUCCGAACCCGAUAAGCUCGAUCUCGUCAAACUCGAAAGUCGCCCCUCCAGCUUCUCCACCACCACCACCAGAAGCUGAAAAGAAGCCGGAAACGGGAGAAGAGCCGAAGAAAGAGAAAUCGAAGAUGAAAAGUGAAGUGAAGGAACCAGAUGCUCCAAAAAAGGAUGACAAAACAUCAGAUGAAAAGAAAGAGAAACAGGAGGAUACAUUUGAUGCUGUCAAACCGAAACAACAGGAUGCUGAUAGAAAGAAGGAAUUGUGUGAUAAGAAGAAGGCUGAAAAUAAGGGAGAUUACAAGACAUGGAAUAAAAUUAUUGAAAAUAGUGAAUUCGAUAAGACUUUGAGUGAAAAUGAUGGAAAGAAGAAGAAAAAGAAGAAUAAGGAUGAUGAAAAGGAUGAGAAAAAGGAAGAUACAGAUGGAAAGAAGGAUGAGAAAAAGGAGGAUGAUAAGGAUGACAAGAAGAAGACUGAAGAGGAUGAUAAGAAAUAGAGCUAUUGAAUAUUGAAUAAAACCUUCGAAAAUACAA